CAUAGAACUGCUGAAGUGAAGUGGCAAUGUGUAGUCCGCCCCCUAAACCCAGAACUAGGUCAAGGGCUGAAUGAAUAAAAUGCCUCGUCAUGAAGAAAACACCUAAUAAACCUUUAAUCCGAUAACCAUGCCAGGUGCUUGCGGAGGGGCUCUUCCAACAAAAUGGACAGUGGAUAAUGGGAGGAAAACCGAAGAGCAGCGGCAGGAAAAAGAAGAAGAUUUACUGUUGGCUGCAUACAUUGAUUUUCCAACCUUCCGCGCGCCCAGCUUCGAAAGGCACAGCAGCAGCCUCCCUGCUCUCUCCUUGCUAGCGGGGCGGGGGGGGGGGCACCCACCAGGAAGAACUCCCCCCACCAGGAAGAACAGCUGAGCUGCUUGGCAUUGGCAGUUCCCGCCUCAGAGACCUGCAAAAAAGGAUGCCCGCUCAACCGAGCCUCGCGCUGCUACGCCGGAUUCGUCUCUCUCCCUACCCCCAGCGCCCUACUCAGCAGUACUGCUGCCGCCAACGGAGUGAGACAAGCUCGCCGGGCUCUCUCCCUGCACGGCCCCAGCAACAGGAGUAGCAGCCGCCCAGGACCAGCUGUUCAACUUCCCUAAAAGGCUGUAUCCCUGGAUGAAAAAGCAACCACUCCGCUGCCUGCUUCUCCCUAUUUGUCCCCAGGCCCAGCACUGUAGCUUGUUCCUUUCCAGCGACUUAGGGAAGAGCAGCGCGCCGUUCUGCUUGCAGCUCUCCCGCCCAGGCGGGGCCUCAGCAGCUAAGCCCCGCCUGGGCGGGAGAGGCAGACAGGAAAACGAAACUCAGCUGCUGCUGCUGUGGAGUUUGAGCGAUGGCCGCCGCCGCUGCUGCUCUCAGCGUGGGGAAGCAACUUCAGGAUGAAGCCACGUGCUCCGUCUGCCUGGACUUCUUUACUGAUCCCGUGACUCUGGACUGCGGGCACAAUUUCUGCCAAGCCUGCAUUGCUCAGUGCUGGGGGGAGCCGCCCACAGUCACGGCCUGUCCUCAGUGCCGAGAGAGCUUUCAGCCGAGGAACGUGAAGCCGAACAGGCAACUUGCCAACAUGGUUGCACUACUCAAAGAGUUCAGUGUGCAGGUGAAGCAGCAAGUGGGAGGCUGGAGAGUCUGCGGGAGGCACCAGGAGCCCCUGAAGCUCUUCUGCCAGGACGAUGAAGCCCCCCUCUGCGUGGUGUGCCACUUAUCCAAGGAGCACCGAGCUCACACUGUGGUUCCUAUCCAGGAGGCUGCCCAGGAGUACAAGGAUCAGUUCUGGAGCUUUCUGGAGCUUUUGAGGAAGGGGAGAGAGAAGAUUCUGGCAUGUAAAUCUGAUGCAGAAAAGGAAAGCCAAAACUUGCUUAAUCAAAUUGUAGCAGAGAGGCAAAAGACAGUGGCUGAGUUCAGACAACUCUACCAGUUUCUGAAAGAGAAAGAGACACUCAUGUUGACCCAGAUAGAAGAAGUGGAGAAGGAGACUGCAAGAAGAAGGGAUGAAUAUAUGGGGAAACUCUCCAAAGAGCUCUCUUCACUUGAUAAAGUUAUCCAGGAGAUGGAAGAGAAGUGUGAGCAGUCAGCAAGUGAGCUUCUGCAGGAUGUUAGAAGCACCUUGAAGAGAUGUAAGGAGAAAGAGAGAUUUGAGAAUCCUGUGGCUUUUCCUCCCACAUUGAAGUGCAGAAUAUGGGUCCUUUGUGACAAUAGCACCUUUCUGGAGAGUUUCAUGAAGAAGUUCAAAGACAAUCUGGUAUCUGGAUUUCAACUUCAGGAAGCUCACAAACCAUAUAAGAAGGGAACAAGAUCUUGGCAGCUGGACCAGAUACAAGCUAAUGUCACUCUGGAUCCAGACACCGUUCAUCCUGGACUCAUCCUGACUGAGGAUCGUAAAACUGUGAGGUGGGGAGAGAAACUGCAAGACCUGCCCAACAAUCCUGAGAGAUUUGAUAAUGGACAUUUUGUGCUAGGAUGUGAGGGAUUCACAGCAGGGAGACAUUGCUGGGAAGUCAGUGUGAAAAGUGGGAUGUUGUGGGCUGUGGGGGUUGCCAGUAAGUCUGUGAAGAGAAAGGGCACAUUCUAUUGGGGUCCCAAGGAAGGGAUCUGGGCUUUGGGGAAGUGGGGUCGUCAGUACCAGGCACUCGAUUCCCAUGCUGAGGUUCCUCUGCACCUGAAUGGGGAGCCUAAGAGGAUCCGAGUGACUCUAGACUGUGUUGAGCGGCAGGUGGCCUUUUCUGAUGUUGACUCAGCAGCCCCAAUCUACACCUGCUCAGAAGCCUCAUUCUCAGGAGAGCCCCUUCUCCCUUUCUUCUGGGUGGGUUGCAAUGCCACCCUGACACUCUCCCCCUGAAACAGCUGAAGAGUUAGAGACAGAUGUAUAUUAAGCUACAAACCUUGCAACCCAUGUACAGCCUUUCCCUCAAAAUAAGUUGGGGGCAUGCAACCCAUUGGGAAACGCAGGCCUUUCCUAUUUGAGAAGAAGCUGGCUCUGAACAACUGUGGUUGAUUCAUACCUGCAUCAGUCUGAGAGCCACUUUAUUCUGCAUCCCACUCCAUCAGAACUAUUUUCAAGGUUAAGGUGUAAAAACAACAAAGUGAUGGAUACAAAGCAGUGGUCCAUCAACAAAGUGAUGGACCCCAUAGCGAUGGAUAAUUAUAGGGCAAUUUCCCUUGGUUGGGUAAGGUGAUUGAGAGGGUGGUGGCCGACCACCUCUAGGCAGUUUUGGAGGAAACUGAUUUAUCUAGACAAAUUUCAGACUGGCUUUAGAACUGGCUAUGGGGUUGAGACAGCCUUGGUUGGCCUGAUGGAUUACCUCUACCGAGGAAUCGACAGAGGGAGUGUGACUCAAUUGGUUCUUUUGGAUCUCUUGGCAUCAUUUGACACCAUCAGCCAUGGUAUCCUUCUGGAUCGCCUGGGGAAGUUGGGGAUAGUGGGCACUGCUUUGCAGUGGUUCUGCUCAUAUCUCUCAGGUAGAUUCCAGAUGGUGGAGCUCGGUGACAGUUGCUCCUCAUAUGGAGUCCCUCAGGGUUUCAUUCUGUCACCAAUGCUUUUUAAUAUCUACAUUAAACUGCUGAGUGGUUUCAUAUCUAUAUCUGGAGGUUUGGUGCUGGGUGCUAUCAGUCUGCUGAUGACACCCAAAUCUACUUCUUUUCAUCUGCAUCAUCAGAGAAUGGCGUUCAUUCCCUGAAUGCCUGCCUACAGGCAGUAAUGGGCUGGAUGAGGGAUAACAAAUUGAAACUGAAUCCAAGCAAGAUGGAGGUGCUCAUUGAAGGGGCUCAGAAUCUGAGGGAUGAGUUAGAGCUUCCUGUGCUGGAUGGGGUUACAUUCCCCUGGAAGGAGCAGGUACGCAGCUUGAGAGUAAUCCUGGACUCAGGCCUCACCCUUGUAUCUCAGGUGGAGGCUAUGGCCAGGAGUGCUUCCUAUCAACUUCAACUGAUUCGACAGUUGUGUCCAUUCCUUGAAGAGAAUGACCUCAAAACAGUGGUGCAUCAGCUUGUAACCUUCAGGCUUGACUACUGCAAUGUGCUCUAUGUGGGGCUGCCUUUGUAUGUAGUUCAGAAACUUCAGUUAGUCCAAAAUGCAGCAGCUAAAUUGGUUUCUGUAGCAACCCGGAAAGACCACAUGAUGCCUGAUUUGAAACAGUUGCACUGGCUGUCGCUAUGUUUCCAGGCAAAAUACAAAGUGCUGGUUAUUACCUUUAAAGCCCUGAACGACUUAGGUCCAGGUUCCCUUAGAGAGCGUUGUCUUCUGCAUGAUCCUCACCGCACGUUAAGGUCAUCUGAGGAGGUCUGUCUCCAGUAAUCACCGGUGCGUCUGGUGGUGACUCAGAGGUGGGCCCUCUCUGUGGCGGCUCCUGGGUAGUAAUGUGCACGAACCGGUCUGCAGGCCAUGUCUGGCAGUUCGAUGGCGGAGAGGGUGUUUUUACUUACCCCUCCCUCCGCUAUCCCCCCUCUGGCACUCCAUUUGUGAGUAAAAAUUUCGGGGCAGCAGAGUUCCUCCCUGAUGCCCCUGCCCCCUUGUUGUCUGCCCAAAACACGGAAGUAACUGCCGCGCAUGUGCGCCCCACCAACGCACACAUGCUGCGCACGUCACAGUGCAAGCGUGCAUGCGUGGCCGUUACUUCCGU